CAAGAACAAAUUGUUCCUAAUGGCUUUUAGUAUAUACUGACAUAUUGCUUAUGAUGGCAUCUGAGGCUGAGAAGACUUAUGCCCUACUCCAGUCUUGUAGCACUGAAUCUCUUAUUUCCAGCUUUGGUCUAGGGAUAUUUUGCUUAGCCGCUGACAGACUUCUUCAGUUUUCCAUAAUUCAGCAAAGUGACUGGAUCCGUGCCCUCUCAGAUAAUGCAGUACAUUCUGUUAUUGGGAUGUGGUCAUGGGCAAUAGUCACUGGAGUCAAGAAGAAGACUGACUUUGGAGAAGUAAUUUUAGCUGGAUUUUUGGCAUCUGUUAUCGAUGUAGACCACUUUUUUCUAGCUAGAUCCUUGUCUUUAAAGGCUGCUUUGACUCUUCCACAAAGACCUUUCCUUCACUGUUCUACUGUGAUACCUAUUGUGGCUCUGACCCUGAAGUUUACUGUGCAUCUUUUCAAGCUCAAAGACUCAUGGUACUUUCUUCCCUGGAUGCUAUUUAUAUCCUGGACCUCACACCAUAUUCGAGAUGGAAUUCGUCAUGGCUUAUGGAUAUGCCCAUUUGGAAAAACUUCUCCUGUGCCAUUCUGGCUUUAUGUAGUAACCACAUCAUCUUUACCUCACGUCUGUUCAUUCAUUAUGUAUUUAACAGGGACGAGACAAAAGAUAUCUUCAAAACAUGGACUUUGUAUCGAUGUCUGAAGUAACUAUAUGAUUCUUGGAGAAGCAUAUGGUUCAGUUGAUGAUAAUGUGAAGGGUAGACACAUUAAAACAAAAAUUUAAAAUCAAAGUUAGGUACUUAUACUUUUUAAUUUUUAUGAUUCUGGAUUCCUCUUGGCUCAAGAAACAUGUAUAAUUUUUAAAUUAUACUUGUUAUACAUCUACUUCUCUUUUAUGUCCCUCUAGUACAUUAUUAGACUUUCAUUGAUUUCAUGAUAUAUUUUCAUUACUCUUUGUGUUUACCUGGUGUUACUAAAUAGAUUUGUUAGAUUAGCAUCCAGUUAGUCUUAGAGUAUACCUGUAAGUCCAUUUCCUGAUGAAAAGCUCAAAUUUAGUAUGGAUAAUUAGCAUUAUACUCGUAUCCACAUUUUCCUGAGAUAUUGAAACAGUGAAAUGGCCAAAAUAACUGAGAUCAUGAAUAAGAUAUAUAGAGAGGACUAACAUGUAUUUGUUUAAUUUAUAUUGAUCCUUACUGAAUUUAAUUUGCAAAGUGCUUCAUGGGUUACUGGCAAAAUCUACCUCAGAGCACUUGCAAAAUAUAUUCAUAAAAGACUAUAACUAACAGUUCUAUAUUAUGAUUCCAAAAAUCAAUUUAGGAAAUUAUUAUAACAUGUUUGCUGUAGUUAAUCUCACUGAAGUUGUAUUUUUUUAGUAUCUUUGCCCAAGAAGCUCAUGAUGGUGUUUUAAAUAACUAAAUUUAACAAAAUAUUUGUUAUAAAUAGCAUUAAAUUUUUUUUUUUUUUUUUUUUGGUACUGGGGAUCAAACUCAAGUCUUUGCGUGGCAGGCGGCAAAACCACUGAGCUGAAUCCCCAGCCCAGCAUUAAAAAAUACUGAUACUACGCAAGGACUGAAUUUGAUCCCUGUUUCCAAAAAAACCCCCAAAAUAUUGAUACUUGAAUUUGAAUUCACACAAAAAGUAAUGACCAAUAAUGUCAUUUCAAAUGUAAACUCCAGAUUGUUCCAUUAAAAUUAUUUUAGUUGCUAUCAAUUUGCUUACACUCUAUUCUAAAAUAUACCAAUUAAGUCAUUUUUUAAAAUCUGCCUGAUACUGAGAUAAAAAGCAUAUUUAAAAAAAAAAAAAUAGGCCUAGGAAAAAGUGUUUGCUUUUUCCUUUGUUCUUUCAGAUUGAUCUUCUGUUGAAAUGAUUUAACAUUUUUAGAGAAGGAAAAUUUAAAUGCUUAAAAUUUACAUUUAUAAGUUGUGUGUUACUCUGUUAUUAAAGUAAAUACCCUAGAGCACUUGCUUUUGCUGUGGCACAUGUGCCAUCUGUUGUCUUCAGAUUUAUGACUUAUCAUGGUAGUGAUUGUGUGCCUUAUUCUUCAAGAAUUGAUAGAUGGUUCAAAAAGCAGUACCUUAUCCAAAGCAGAUUUUUCUUACAUAUUAAGUUAAACAGUUCUUCAAAUUACUAGGAGGAUUCAAGCUCUUUAGAGAAGUUAGCUUUAUUCUCACUAUUAAAUUGCAGUCUAUUAAUGAUUACAAUUAGAUCUUAGAAUCUAUUAUUUAUUAUCUUUCAAGAGUAAUGAUUAUAUAAAUCUGGUUGGUAUAAUAAUAUUAUAUAAUGGGGCAGAUUUAAUUAGUGGGCUUUUUAAAGCAUCUGAUUUAAGAAAUCCAUAAAAAUAAAGUUAAUGGCUUGUAUAACU